CAGUUAUUCACAAUGAAUACAAUUUAUAGGCUCAAAAUGAUGCUGUUUGCAGCAAUCUUGUGCUCAGCACUAGCGCUCGAUGCUUCCCAGAGUACCAUCUCUGGAGUAGCUUCAGGAGACAGCCUGGUUAUUAAUCAGACUUAUACGGUCACAGUCCAAGCCAAAGAUACAUUCGGGAAGAACCUGUUCUCUGGAGGAGAGGAUAUCUAUGCCUAUAUUACAGACCCAUGCACUAGAGGGCCGAAUAUGUCCUGAGUCCCUUCUGCUUUCAAUCAGAGUGCAGUAAACGGCGGAGAGAAAAUUAUCAAGCUCUCUGAUCUCAGAAAUGGAAAGUACUCCACUGACUUCGACUUGAAUCACAUUGGAGAUGCAACCAUCUCAAUAAUCUUGGCACACCGUCAAGCUGUUGUUGGCAAAUACUACAAUUCAGGGGGUAUUUCAGGAUUACCAGAUGUGGUCACCUCGUCACCAGACAUAAACUUUAGCUGGGCGGCUGGCCAAGAUAUAACUCCUGGCAAUAGCAAUAAUGUGUCAGCCCAGUUCACUACCAAGCUGAUUUCUUUCCAGUCUGGGAAUUGUACAGUGUCAGCGACCCAAGACGAUGGAGCAGAUGUGAAAAUUAAUGGAGUGGCACAUGUCAGCAAUUAUGGAAUAAACAAAGCUUCAUCAACUAGUUUCGACUACAACUUCAAUGCGUUCGAGACUUAUGAUCUUAAAAUUGAUUGGAAGAACCUAGCUGGACCAGGAGUCAUAAAGCUUUAUUGGCAAUGUGUAGGUGACAAAAUUAUCAUUCCUCCUAAAAAUUAUGGAUAUGCAGAAGAUUUAGGAGCCAGUCUAUUACAGGUUUCUGUAGUUUGUCCUGAGAAAUACGAGCAAACCCCUUCAACCACUGACCAAUGUAGGACAAUCUGUGGGGAUGGAUAUGUCAUCAGUCCUGAAGUCUGUGACGAUAACAACACUGUUAGUGGGGAUGGAUGCAGCACUGACUGCACAGUAGAGUCUGGACAUGUGUGAGCUGGAGGAGACUCAGAAAAUAAAGACACAUGAAGACUGUGGUCGACUGGAUUUUAUACGAAUGAUUCUGUUCGGCCAACAGAAUGAAUAACUAAGUGAGGCGAUGGACAGAGAGUUGGCUCAGAAGCCUGAGAUGACGGUAACACUAUUGAUGAUGAUGGUUGAUCUUCUGAUUGUAGCGAAAUUGAGCUCGCUUGGAAAUGAGGUACAUCAGUUCCAAAUAUAUGCACUCGAGACUAUAAAUCAGUUCCACUGACUUCAAUAGAGAGAGCAUUGCAGAUCGGAACUUUAGUAGCCAUUCCUAUUCUAAUAACUUAUCGACAAAUUCUGUCUUGUCUUCAAUAAAU